AUGGAUGCUUAUAUGACUGCAAUUGAAUGCCCAAAUUAUUUACCGGAAUUAGUAACCAACCUCAGCUGCCAUUUAGACCGGUCAUCCCAAUCCAAUGGAACAUUUUCAGUAAAUCUUACUUUGGCCAAGGAUGUAAAGGAUAUAAAAGGCACAUAUAUUUUUUCUAUUAAGAGAGGGUCAACCAUAAACAACUAUACGGCAAUAGAGAUGGAUUACUGCCAGGCAUUAUCAUCUUUACAGUCAAAUUUUUUACUUAAAAUGAUUGCCGAUGAGCUGCGUAGGUCGGCCAACUUUCCACUACAGUGUCCCUUUAAAAUGAAAAAACUAUACUACAUUAAUAGAUAUACAAUCAACCCUAAAAUGAUACCCAGCUAUGCCCCAGAACUUAACUUCAAAUCGGACUGCCUCAUAAGCCUUAAUAAACGUAAAGCUCUUCGGUUAAUUAUCCAUGGCCGUGUUGUUCGACGUCGAUCGAGUCGUUAA